AUGGCCGGUUUUUUCUCAGGAGACCAGUGUUCAAGAUGUUGCGGAAAAGAGACAUCUGGCUCUGAUGCAGAGGAAGAGGAUUGGGAGCUUCAUAGGCAGAAGACAGGCUUGGUUGCCAAAUUGGUGCUUUACGACAGCAGUGAGCGCUUGCUGGCAGAUUUCCAGCUUCGGCCAGGCAUUCGGAGAUCUGGUGCUGUGGUGCUGAAGGUUGUUCCUGGUGGACCUUGUGAUCGGGCUGGUGUGCGAGCCGGUGAUCGCUUGGUCUCUGUGAAUGGGCGCCAGGACCCGAACUUCCAGAACUUGAAAGUUGAGGAACGGCCGAUGAAGCUCAUUUUUAUGGGUACUGCGGGCAAGAUCACCACAGAGGUGCGACUGGUGUCUGGAGAUUCCUCUUCCAUGAACAAAGGAUUCACCCUGCUUAGCGACAAGGUCUGGGGUGGAGCAAAGACCAAGUUCCUUUUCCAGGAGGAGCGCGUCUUCGUUCCAAGUCUGGCUUCGCUGGCCUUGGGUGUUCAGGAUGAGCCUUCGAGAACACCACAGAUGUUCUCACUGGAACGAACGGAGGCUGCUCAUCUCCUUCGCUGCGCCAAGAAUGAAGCUGAAGCCCAGCUUCGUCUUGGCCCCUCUCGAGCAAGCGCAGGGGACGUUUCGCCCAUCAAAUGCAAGGCUGUCAAUGCGGCCGAGCUCUCGCAGCAAGAGCUUUGGGUCGAGGUGGGGGCAAAACCUGCGUCUCCACAACGUCAGCAGGUAGCAGGCCAUUGCCCAAUUGGGCCAAAGAGAGAAUGGCGGAAGGAAGCUAAGCACUCCAAGGAGCUCACUGGAGACUUUGAGGAGUCUGAAGAAGAAAUGGAGGACAUUUUCGUCAUGCUAAGCUGCUAA